GCGCGUCAGCUGACAUCCGCAGAGAGCAGAGCCAGACAUGGAUCAACUCAAAGUCAAAGACAGGAUCCUCGAAAACAUCUCUCUGUCCGUCAAGAAGUUGCAGAGUUAUUUUGCGGCCUGCGAGGAUGAGACGCCAGCCAUCAGGAAUCACGAUCGUGUUCUUCAGCGCUUGUGUGAACACCUGGAUCACGCUCUGCUUUAUGGGCUGCAGGACAUUUCAUCAGGUUACUGGGUCCUCGUAUUACACUUCACACGACGAGAAGCCAUCCGACAGAUUGAGGAACUCCAACACAUAGCCACCAAUCUUGGCAGAAGUCGUGCCUGGCUCUACUUGGCGCUCAAUGAAAGUUCUUUAGAAAGCUACCUCCGACUUUUUCAGGAGAAUCAAGGACUGCUUCAUAAAUACUAUUACAAAAAUGCAUUGGUUUGCAGUCAUGACCAUCUCACUCUGUUUCUUACGCUCGUCUCUGGGCUUGAGUUCAUUCGCUUUGACCUGGAGCUGGAUGUCCCAUACCUGGAUGUUGCUCCCUACAUGCCUGAAUACUACAAACCUCAGAAUCUGUUGGAUUUUGAGGAGAGGUUGCCAAGCUCUGAUAGUCUGUCACUGCACUCCUUCACUUCUCUCACAUCCACUAAUCUCGAGUGGGACGACAGUGCUAUUGCCCCAUCCAGUGAAGAUUAUGAUUUUGGUGACAUCUUCCCUGUGUUGCAGUCAUUGCCAAGUGCAGACUGGGAAGAGGGAGACUUGACUGAUCCAGUCAGUGGGCCGCGCUCUUCAGGAUCAGACCCUCAGACUGUUGUCAGUGACUGUGUUGUAGUGAAGGUGUCGGCCGGCACAAUCAGAACUAGAUCACUUUCACGAAGCCCUACAUUUCGGCAAAAUCCCUUCACUGAGGACUCGGACACCAACACUUCAGCUGACGUCACCCCAGUGCACAUAGCCAGUCGGCACGCUUCAACAACUGGAGAAGACACUGAAAUUACCAGCACUGAGCUGGAAGUCAUUAGAAUGGCACGGCGACGAAAACCCGGCAAGAAACGACGCGGCAGAGGAUCAUCAGUGAGCAGCGAACAGAACGUCAUCUCUCCAGAAGUGACUGACGAAUGCCUUCAGAUUGUAGUUGAGAGAGACGUCACAGUAAACCACAUCACCGUGGACAGUCGAGUUCCUCUGGAGCGUCCCGACAGCACUGCUUCAGAGCCCUUGAGGAAUGGGAGACGAGAAGGAGAAGAUGAGGAGCCUGAAACAGGACUGAGGCUUCCAGAAAUGACGGACACUUCAAUGGACAAUGUAGGGCAACCCCUCCGUGAGGUCAUGGACAGGCUGAAUGGGUCUCUGGAUGCUGAAGAUGGAGCAGAUGAAAUUUGCACCGCUCACGACGGGCCCCCCAAUCAGCAGCCCUUUCGAGAGGAUGCUGGCGGUGAACCUCCAGACCCAAGCGAUGGUUUCCUGCAGGCCCCGCUGCCACCUGCAGACUUCUACUGCUUUACCUCCCAGAGUCCAGACCCUGCUGCCUCAGGUGGUGGGCGCCAUGACUUUGCAGGGCAUGGCGAGCCGCAGGAUGUUCCUGUUAGCAAUGAAGAUGAGGGAGAAGCAGAAGCAGAGGCAGCAGCUGCAGGGCAGGAUCCCUCCAUCGCCAUAGAGACCACAGAGAAGGAAUGGAGUCAAACAGAAGAAGAUGAUGAAGAUGCAACACAGAGCUCUCAUGCUGCAGAAUUCAAGGUGGAUAACAAUCAUCUGCUGCUGCUCAUGAUUCAUGUUUUCAGGGAGAAUGAAGAACAGCUCUUUAAGAUGGUGAGGAUGAGCACAGGCCACAUGGAAGGAGAUCUGCAGCCUCUAUAUCUGCUUUUAACAGACUGCUACAUUUACCUCUUGCGAAAAGGAGCGGCGGAGAAACCCUACAGUGUUGAAGAGGCAGUGUCUUACAAUGAGCUGGACUACAUCUCUGUGGGUCUUCACCAGCAGACCAUCACUCUGGUGUGCACAAACCGAAGACGGCAGUUCCUGCUGGACACUGCGGACUCAUCUCUGACUGACUGGUUUCUGACUGUGCUGAAGGAAGCUUGGGAGAAUGGCUGUAGGGAACCUCCAUACCCAUCUAUUCUUACUGACGCCACCAUGGAGAAACUUGCUCUCUCCAAGUUUGUGUGCCAGGAGACUCAAUGUGAGAUGUCUGAGAUGAAGAUUCGCCUUUAUUCUCUGGUUCACUGGGAAGACCCAAUGGAUGUGACCGUGGCUUCACCAACAUCUCCGUCAGGCUCUAGAGCAUCCAGCAGCACUAAAGAGGGGCCGCUGCUGUACCGAGCCGGAAGCUCUUAUUUGGGGAAAGAAGUGUGGAAAAGUUGUUACCUAGUUCUCAGCAAUGGCAUCCUGUAUCAGUAUGCAGAGAGAACAGAUGUUACACCUUUGAUGUCUGUUACCAUGGGGGGAGGGCACUGUGGAGGCUGCAGACGUUCUAACAGCACGGAAAAGCCUCACGCCUUUCAGGUGAUUCUGACAGAACAUCCACCGUUAGAGCUCAGCGCAGAAAAUGAGCUGGAAAUGGCAGACUGGAUGCAGCUGCUCUGCCAGUCUGUCUCUAAAGGGAUUAUUCCGCAGGGAGUUGCUCCUGCACCCUGCAUCCCAUGUUGCCUUGUUCUCACAGACAGGAAGUUGCUCACGUGUCACCAGGAUUGCCAGACCAGUUUUUUCCGUUCUCUAGGAGGAGCCGAUUUGAACGAUGUCACAGCUGUUUGCCUGGAGGAUGACAAGGAAUACUGUGUUGUUGAGUUUGCAGAGGAUCGAGCUCAGUUUCUCCCUCCCUGGGUUUUGUAUUUUAGCGGAUAUGAGGAACGAGAUCGGCUUAUAGCAGAAUUAAGUCAAGCAUGGACUGCUGUUUAUCAGGUGAGUCUACCUCGUAAGGCAGUGUCAGACCUGUCGGUUCAGAAGAAGUGCAGCGAGGCUCUGGAGCUGAUGAAGAGCGCAUGGCAGAGGAGCGACAGUCUACACAGAGGCAGAUCAGAGAGAGAACCAUGGUGCUGACCCCCUCCUUCACUACAUGAGCUCAGACAUGGACAGCAGGGGGAAAUCGGCUCACCAGCAAACCUACUGUUUAUGUAGGUACAAGCAGACACUGUGAGCUCUUCGAACAAGGCACCAUACUGAACAAUGUGGGCUCAUUUCAUAUUAAACUAACGGUAUUUAUGGCCUGACCUCGUUUACACUUGCCUUGCACAAAUAUUUAAGGACUUCAGUUUAAGGCUUUUGGCUUUUACAAGUGGAAGUCUGCAAAAGGAAAUCAAAGAGAUCAAGCAGUUCUCUUCCAUGUGUUUGGAGUAUAUGUAUAUAUACAGUGUAAAUACGUAUAGUAGGCAAAAUUCUAAAGCUUUUAAAAAAAAAAAACUUCCCUGCGUAACGUGGAGAGAUACUGCACACGCCUGUACUAUAAAGAGGUACAAACUGCUUUUUGUGCACUUAUGAAAGACUAUUUUAGUUAUGUUUACACCAUUGAUAUUAUCUGGCUGCUUUAAGAUUUGAAAGUGUAACGGUUUGCAUGACACUCAAAACGCAGAGAAAGCGAAGUCGGGGGAACUGGUCUGGCUUUAUAGGAUUAGUUCUCACAAAAAAUGACGAACAUUUGACAUUUACUCUCUUUCGGGCCAUCUGAUAUGUAGGUGACUGUUUUUUCAGUCAAACAUUAAAGUCGAUUAAGCUGAAACUGGUCCUCAAUUAAAAAAAAAAUUGCAAGUCAACAGCCAGCGGCACUUUGAAAGUCUAAAGAAACCCAUAUAGGAACAACAAAAUUAAUACACAUAUUUAUGAAGUGAAAUGAUUGGGCUUGAUUGGCUAAUGAAGUGAAACGAUUGGUCUGUGCUGUAUCUAUAUAGUAACGUUUCACCUCACAAGAACUUUUUGUGCAUGGUGUACUAAUGUAGUUCUAAGUGUUUUUUAGCCUUUAAAAGUGCUUGUAGUCUCCGACUUUUUAAAAUCAUUAAAGACCCAUAUAGAAAGAACUAAAUUAAUACACAUGACUUCUUCUGAAGCACUGAGGGCUUAUGAAGUGAACUGAUUGGUCUGUGCUGUAUUUUAAUAGUAGUGUUUCACUUCACAAGACCUCAGUGUAUUUUUCAGAAGCACAGUGUAUUUAUUUAGUUUUGCCUAUAGGUGUUUUUUAGAUUUUCAAAGUGCCUGUCUGACUUGCAUUUUAAGAAUCACCAAUCGCCAUUUCAGCCUAAAAGUUUCCUUUAAUGUUGUAUUGAAUAAAAGCAAAAACACUUGCUUCUUUGCUUACCUGAGGGUGAGUGAAUUAACUGCAAAUGUUUCAUUUUUGUAGUGAACUUUCCCUUUAAUUUUGACGUUUAAUAUCAAUCAGCAACAAUAAUAGUGAUGGUACGGUACUGGCAUGUAACCACUGUUGUGUUGAACUAUAAAAAUGUGCUAGAUUCAGGUGGUAUGGAGAAACUGUAAUAGGGAUCAUAUAAUUCUAAUACAUCAUUCAUUCAUUAAGGUUAUUAAAGCUCUUUCACCUAAAGAAAGGCUAUUUAAAAGUGAAGGAGUUGAUUACAGCAGAAUUGCACAAGAUUCAGAAUUGCACAUUUGUUGUUUUCUUUUUUUUUUUAAGGAUUUUUUUUGUGAUAUUAAAAUGAUUUCAGAUCUUACAGGGGCCUUUGGGAAACACUAUCAGUUUGGAGGUUUUUUUUUUUCUCCACUUUAAAAAGUAUUAUCAGCUUUUUUUAUGCAUUAUUUUUUAGCUUCAAUAUCAAAGCCAUUCCCAGUCCCUCACUCAGACAUCCCAUUUCCACUGAAACACUGUAGGGUGGUUUUAAGAAUGUAAAGUGCUUUUAAAGAAAGCAAAGGUUUGUGGAUCUUUGUCAGACUGUGACGAAUGGAAGCAGAAGCAGAAUCUCAGGUAUGUUGAAGUUAGUUUCAGUCAACAGUCAUUUUGAAUAAUACAUUGCUGGGCAAUGAUGGUAUACAGUUGUUCAUUAACAAUUGAAAUGUGGUUUUAUGUUUUCUGUUUCUUCUUUUUUUACUAGCUACUUUUAAAUUUUGUUUUUAUUUUUUUUAUUGAAAUCAGUAGUCAGCUGUGUUCUAACACUCUAAUGUCUCAAAUACACUAAAUGCUGCAUGUACAUUUUGGAAGAUGUCAUUAAUAUGAUCAAUAAAUCAACUUUUUAAA